AAUUAACUGUUACUUCAAGAUGAAAAUUACCAUUGCAAUUCUAGGACUUUUUCUGGCACUUAUUUGCAGCCUGGAAUCGCCAACCGCAGCGUGCGAUAUCCAAGCAGUUUAUAAUCAAACCUUAAAGUUCUGCGAAAACAACUUCUUUCUGAACAUAUUCUUGUGCACCGGCUUGUCUUACGGUGUCGGCAACGAGAAAUUUGUUCAGACGCUCCAGUCGCAAAGGAAGAUCUUGUGUGCAAUACCAUUUUUUGCUGAAAUUUGCAAAACCUGCGAUUUUUCGACGAUUGUCUCAAAUGAUCAGAAUGCUACGAUUUCAAGCGGAAAUUCAACUGCAGACGCCACCCGAACUUUGAAGCUUGCCGAUCUGACGCGUUAAACAAACAGCUGUACUGGAAAACAACAGAGCCGAAGGAUAUUGAAUUUAUAAGAUUGUACUAAAAACCCUCUUCUUUUUGCACUUUGGCAUGCCAGCUGUUAAAUAAACUAUCCAAGCAUUGC